UCCAUACACAUUCGUUGGUGUCAUUCGGUCCCAUAUCUCCCAAAAGAGGGGAACCUUAUCUACUCGACAAAUCCAUUACAAAAAAAAAAGAAAGGUAAAUCUUAUCGGUGCCGGUUAACCAGCAACAAACGUGACUCAGUGGUGAACAGAAACUGGAGCAAUGAAGACUGUCGCUUUGCUGCCGGUACUCCUUCUACUGGGAAGCUUCUGCUUCCUGGAGGCGGCUCAAAUCCUGUGUUUGGUGAGUUCUGCUAAGCACAAUAAUCCUAGCUGGUCGCUUCCGCUCUUUGAGGCUUUGCUAGCCAAAGGCCACCACCUGUCGGUGCUCAGCAGCUCUGAGCUGAAACUAACUCCCAGGGAGGGGCUGGUCUACAGCCAUUUGCCCAAUGACUACGACGUGAUGCAAAAGCACUUCUUGGACAAAGAAACUGGGAAGUAUCAGCCGAUGAUGGCUCUCAAGCAGCUUCUGGUCUGGUACGAAGUUAUCCUGGGCAGCUGCCAAUCAAUCAUGGGGUCCGAAACCUUUAAACGGCUGCUGCCCGAGCUGGUAACUCAAGUCUCUCAGGAAUUCGAUCUGAUAAUCACGGAUAUCACUGAGGGGGCAAAUUGUCUCAUGGAUCUGGUGCCCAGCUGGGACCCUAUACCCGUUCUCGGUUUGAGUGCUGGCAAACUCACCCCGGACCUGAUCUCCCUGCUCCAGGCGGAGGACACUAUAAGUGCGGCCAGGACUCCGCACCAUCUCAGCCAGGUACCCAAGAACAUGGGAUUUUGGAAUCGUUUGCACAAUCACAUCAUGUACUUGGGCGAGCCAAUAAUCAACUGGGUAAUCAUUCGUCCCGUUCUUUCUAAAACCGUGUCCACGGGAAAAGUUUUUCCCAAGUUGCAACUGGUGUUACUCAACACACAUCCUGUCGUGGAUUAUGUUCAGAAUCUGCCGCCAGGCGUCAUCGAAGUGAGUGGACUUCACAUCAAACAAGAGAUCAGUCCUUUGCCUGAUUAUAUAGAAAAGUUUACGGAAAAAUUCAUCUACGGCAUUGUGUACAUCAAUUUGCCUUACAUCGAGUCGAUUGGCCAGGGAAUUGAGUCUAUGGUCCAAAUGAUACACGACAAUCCCAACUGUGGUUUCAUUUGGAAUGUUAAGGAGAUGAAAGUCCUGCCAGCGGAAAUGCCAAAUUUGUUAACACUUCAUAAUGAUCAGUCCCUACAACAGGAUAUUCUAGCUAUGUCUGCUGUUAAAGGCUUUCUCAAUCAUGGCGACAGUUUUAGUGUCCAGGAAGCAGUUUUUUAUGGCGUACCCAUGGUUGUUCUUCCCGUGAAUUUGGAGCAGUUUAAUACUGCUCAGCGUGUUAAAGAACGCCGCUUGGGUGUAAUGCUUUCGGCCAAGGAUUUCCAUCUGCAAUCCUUCCAUGAUGCCCUCCAAUUGAUCCUCGAUGUCCAACAAUUUACCACCGUUCUGUACCAGGCCCAGCAGAACUUUCUUGCCCGCCAGCAAUCCCCUAUUGAAAUCGCCAUUUGGCAUGCUGAAAAAUUGAUUGCCGAGCCACGUUUCUAUAGGCAUCUCGCCCAAGUGGAGGCCAUUGACCAGAAUUUCUUUGUUGCCCACUCUUUGGAUGUCCUGGCAGUGCCGUUUCUCCUCUUUCUGUUCUUCGUUUUAAAUUUGUUGAGCGUAAUUUCUAAACUCGUAGAAGCCCCCAAGAAAAAGGAGCUAAAAAAACGCAAAAAGAUUAAGAAGGUGGUCGAGAAAACAAUGCCCGAGAAUAAGACGAUUUUAGAACAAAACGUCAGUUUAAUGGAAGAUUUAAAAGAAGAAUUAAUCGAAGGUGAAAUGGAGUUACUCUCAGAAAAUCAGUCAGACAUUCCAAAAGGAGUAGAUGGAUUGGCAGAAGAAAACAAUCUCACAGAUGAGGAUUUGUUGCUCAUCCAAGAAGAGAAGACUUUGCUGGAUAAAAAGGAGGAUUGAUGAGCUUUCUCAGGCUGUUUGUAUUUUUAAUACACAAAAAUAUUUUACAACAUAUAAAGACUGGUAAUAAAUAAAUGUAGUAACAAUCUCCCUA